CAGUCAGACAGUGGGGCUUUACUGAGGCUGAGGGGUUGUUUUAAUCUCUCCUAGGUAAAUAAACAAACCAGCAGCAGACUUUGGAAUUUGGAAAGGCUCACUGGGCACUUAUGCAGGAAGAGUGCAAGCUGCAGAUUCCAUAGAGUGGCUUUUUUUUCUUUCCAGAACCGUAAGUGGAAUAAGUGUACCUGAAACUGAUAUGCCAACUGAAAUCUCUCAUGCCGUAAGAAUGCAUGCCAUCUCGGACUUCCCUUUGACAGUGCGACUCCUCAGCAAGGGGCCAGAGUACCUUCGCAGACAGAUGGAGGCAGGCACCCCAGGCAGGAAAAGUGCUGUGGAAAGACUGGCAGCUGAUAAGGCCAAGUAUGUAAAAAGUCAGCAUGUAAUCAGCACUAAGCAGGAACCCGUCAUCGUGCUCAGCUCAGCCUCAGAGAGCAGCAGUGAGAGCUGUUCAGUGGAAAACAAAAAAAUCAACAGGGACUUUGGUGGAGGGAAAGGCACAAAAAACUUGGAACCAACUAAAGCAAUGUAUUCGUGCAGUGCUCCCCUGGAACCUGAUCCACCCAUAGCGAGGCGUAGCAGCUCCAAGAGGCAGGUACGGCCAGACUCCCUAGUGAUCUACCGCCAGAAAUGUGAGCUUGUGAAAGGUCAAAGCAAUGAGAGGUCACGAGGAGGCCUGGUGAGGCGGCUGUUCCAGGGGUCCAUGAAGGAGAAGCUGUCGACUUCCCCUGAGAUGUCCAGCAUAAUUGGGGAGGGCCUCACACCAGAAAGUGAAGAGACAGUAUCCACCAAACAUGCCGCCAAUGGGCCAAACAGCCGUGUAGGUGAGCAUGCUGCCCCUGCAAACACAGAAGCGCCAGCUAUUCCUGAGCGUGAGGACUCCUCACAACUGACUGUUGCACCUGAUGAGGUCAAGGACAUCAGGAGGAAAGGGCUGCAUCGCUCCCAGUCUGAUAUCAGCUCUCGCUAUUCCAAGUCUUUCUCUGAGUUUGACACUUUCUUUAAUUACUGUGGCCUUGAACCCGAGGUCGUUGAGGAUCUGGGCAGAGAGAACUUCUCUGUGAUUUCUGACAACGUCUCCUUCAGGAUCCGCAGCAUCAGCGUGGCAACAUCCGAGAGUGACUUCACAAGGCACAGUGGGGACGAUGGGCUGUUGGAGGAAGAACUGACUGAGCAGGUCCCCAGCACCACUUCAGUGAUUGAGCGCAAUGCUCGGAUAAUCAAAUGGCUGUAUACUUGUAAGAAAGCCAAGGAGACUAACAACAUGCUACGAGAGCUUGCGUGAAGGCUUCUCCUUUCAGCAUGCAUUACAGCCUGGUAAACUCAAGAAUGAAAACAUUCCCUGAGAUGGCGGCUCACUAAACAGGACACAGACAGAUAGACCCACAGCAAACUCUUCUAUCAUCUGGCUUAUGACAAAUCUGUGCAAAUUUAUCAACUUCCUGUUGCCCUCCGACCCGUCUGAAGGCUCACUCUUUGUCACAAGCACAUGUGUGUACAGAAGUACAACAGCAAGAGGCAGUUACAAACUGAGACGGAGGGAAAUUAAAGCUUCUAGAAGAGCAGAGGCAGGUUUAGGUGCUAAAAUAUCUGGUAAAACCAGAAAGAGGUCAGUGCACUAGGAUGUCAUCCUAAAUGUGAGGGAAGGUUGGUGUGGCAUGUCUGGCUCUGACUGAUGGUGAAUCUAUCAGCAAGACCAGGGAAGAAGAAAGUGGGAACUAAGUGGCAAUGACCUCUAGGUCAGGCAUUUCUUGGCAGGGAGGCUCCACCUACACUUCCAAAGAAAGUGUGUUAACAGGACUUUAAACCUGGCUCACACUGACGUGAUUUCAGCACACUCUGCCUGGCUGGUGACAGUGGACCAAACAUGACAGUUUUAUAAACAGUAUUUGAAGCUAGCAGUACACCAGAUUCCUUCUUAGGGUUGUCUAGAUUGAGGUUUAAGGCAAACUAGAGAACCAUGUUCUCCAACUAGACCAGGCUGAUAAGCCAGUGGGGAUGGAAGGCUAAACUCAUGUUUCACAUAUGGUCUUGGGCAUAGUCCCAAAGCCUAGUAUGACACAGGGAAAGUAAAUCCACGUUCCAUAUUAGACAGGACUCUUCUUUGCUAUAACAGUGCUCCAGCAUAGUAAAAUGUGUAGUCUAGGUAGGCCCUUAGACUCUUUUUAUACUACAUCUCAGACCCUGCCAGCACAUUGUUGUCUGUAAUCUAACACAUUUAUUUUUGUACUGAGGAUGGGCAACAUGUUUAUUGACUCAUGUUAGGGAAUAGUGUCACAGCAUAUGUAAUGUUAUGGCUGAUUAGCAUGAAUGUAUAAUAGCAUUGUCCUAUCUGCACUGUAAACAAGAAGGCAUGUUAGGACACAACUGCAACAUACCAGACAAAUGUGCUGAGAUUAUUCGACUUGUAGUAUAGACAGCACCAGGCUCAUAAUAAUUGUUAUAACAACUCCACCUACUUUGCACUGGCCAAGCAAACUUUAUUUAAACUGUGGUUAAACACUGUUUAAAAAUAAUUUGUGUCACUCAGUUUGAUUGUGAAUGUAGAUGUGAAUUUAUGGCCCUUGGCUAUGCCUCAGAUCCUUAGCCCAGUCAGUCAUUAGUUAUCAGAAAAUGUCUUUCCCUGAGUUAUUUAUUCCUGAUACCAUAAAUCACAAAGACGGGGAAAAAAUGAAGUAGGGAACAGAUUCUCAUCUUAGCUAUAGCAGUGUCAAUCUGGAAUAACUGAACUGAUAAAAAGAGAUCAGAAUCUGGCCCUAUAUUUCGGUGUGCUGAAAGGUUAAAAGUUGAACCACAGGUUACCAUGGCUAUAAUGUUCUGUUUACAGCACUGGACUGUCAGACCUGUACUGUAACAAGUACAGGAAAAUCAGAUUCCAUUCUCAACAUUCCAUUAGGGUUAUACACGGUAAGCAGUCAAUCAGCCCCUUUCAACGAUUACCUGCCAUGCCCCCACCCAACAAAGUGAACCAGACACAGACAUAAGGGAGAAGAUGGAAUGAGCACCUAAUCAGCACUUUUUACACCUUAUAAAAGACUUAGUCUUGUAACAUAACUAUGAGAGAGAGAGGAGAAGGACUGAGUGAUGGCAUUUUUACAGAGCAUUCACUCUAACCAUAAAAAUCAAAUAUUUCCUCUUUUAAUUUAUUCGAACAUUGUGAGCCAAAACACUUCACUUUAAAUGCUAUUUAAUAGUUUUUAGUUGACUUUAAAUUCACAAUAGACUUAUGAGUCAGGUUAACCUUAUUUAAUUAAGAAAAACAUACUUGUCUCUAUUUCUCACCCCCAGUAGCCAUUUGAGAAUGCAGGGCAUUUGUCUAUAUUGGUUUAGUGUUACUUCACAUACACAUAUCUUAAGUUCUCUCUCUCUCUCUCUCUCUCUCUCUCUC